AUGGCGACGGCACAAGGUGGAUACUCGUUUGUCCAUGAGCACGAUCCCCGCUGGACGGCCGUGGACCAGUAUACAAACGCCCAUCUGCUCGCCCCUGGACGGAACAAAUACCACGAGGCGUUGGAAUUCGCGCGGUCCAAUUCUCUCGCCAAGGGUCUGCCAGACAUUGCCGUCUUCGCUGGACAGGGAAAGUUCCUAUCGCUGCAAAUCCAGGUGACCGGCGCGAAGAACAUUCUGGAGGUCGGCACCUUGGGGGGAUACUCUGCCAUCUGGCUGGCCGCAGGGGCGGGGGAGGACGGCAAAGUGACGACGGUCGAAGUCAACCCGGAGAACAAAAAAGUGGCCGAAGAGAACAUUGCGCACGCGGGCCUGAGCGAUCGAGUAACGGUGCACCUGGGGCCGGGCAUCGAAGUCCUACCGGCGCUGCUCGCCGAAGUCCAAGCCGGCAAGCGCCCGCCAUUUGACUUUGUCUUCAUCGACGCCGACAAGGAGAACAACCUGGCCUACUUUGAGUACGCGCUGCAGAUGACCAAGCCCCGGACGAGCAUCUACGUCGACAACGUCGUCCGGCGGGGUCUGUUGGCCGACGAGGCCGCCAAGGACGAUCCUCGUGUCGCCGGGGCGAGGAGGCUGAUUGAGGCCGUGGGCAAAGAUGACCGGGUCGACGCGGUCGUCAUCCAGACGGUGGCGGAGAAGAACUAUGACGGCUUCCUGAUGGCCUUGGUCAAGUAG